UGGAGGGGAGGGGUGUCAUGUACCCACAGGAUUGGGGCAACACCUCCCAUUUCGCAACAGUCUGAUGGAGGAACUCCUUCAGUUUGCUGGAGCCACAGGGGUCUCAUUCAGCCUCUAGGGCAGGUCUCGCUGCCUGCUGAAACUGAACCUCGGGGGUGCCAACGCCCUGCUGCACCCCAGGAGCUCUGCCCAGCGAGAGCAUCUGAGCCAGACUCCUGGCAGAGACUCACCUCCUUUUCAGGGACCACUGCACCUCAGUGUUUACAGUGACACUCAAACCAGUUGGGGUUAUUAGUCACCUGGUUUAUGGCAUCGGCCGUCCUUAGGUCAUCAUAGAGACCUGAGGGCAAAGCUGAGUCCAUGCAGGUCAGCCCGCGCACUAGCCAAGCUGCUGGGAACCCCAUUUUCAGGCUCUCUGUCUUUCCUUAGUCAAUUCCCAGAUGAGAGAGCUUCCUUCAGAAGCCAACACUCACACCUCAGCCCUUUGUUCUUCAGCUGGGAUCUCGACUCUGCAAAAUCCUUGAGUAGCUGCAACUCUAUUGUCUCACUGGCCCCCUUGGUGAUCUGGGGUGGUUUCAACCAGUUCCUUAAUGACUCUUCAAUCCAUCCAGGUGGUAAUCUCUCCCCCUCCCCCCACAGCCAUGCAAGGUGUAGGGGAAACCGAGGCGCACACAGUUUUCAUGAAAAAAUUCCCACUUUGUCACAAGGGCUCUCAGAGCGAGGGCCAGCCCCAUGGAGGCCUUUGCAAAUCAGGACAGAGACCUUGAAUUAGCCUCUGUUCAGUGGGGAGAAGACGCAGAGUGGAGCACUGUUAUUGGAGCCAGCCCUACGCUGCUGAGCAGACAAGCUGCUACAUUCUGCACCAGUGGGAGCUUUUUGAGGCUGUCCAGCUGUGUCUUUAGGUGUAAUGCACGUUCGGGUGUGAAGCAGUUCGGUUUGCGGCACACAUGGCAUGCCUGACUCGUACCCACAAGUGCAAGGAGAUGAAUGUGGAUCUACCCCUGGCCCAGCCAGAGGCUCCCCCUUUCCACCAGCACAGCCUGAACUCUGCUGCCCCAGAUACAUCAGCCUGCCUUGCGCCAUUCACCUGCCCCUCACGCCUGGGCGACUCUGCCAGGCCUACCCUAGCACACACAAUGGUGGGUUGGAUGCUGGAAUUGGGGCGUGGCCGCUCCCUUACCAACUGUGGUGAGGUUCUCUGGGCAAAUGGGUGUCUUCUGGCCUUCGAAUUGACUGGUGGAAUGGUGCUGGGUGGAUCAGUCCCUUCUCUGCACUGCACGUCCUGAACUCCAGCCGAGCUGGAAGUCUUUGUGCAGGUGAUGCUGCCCCGCCAUCGCCUUCUGAGCCCGAGUGAGAAAGAGAAGGGUUAACGGGGCCAGGCACCGACCACUCGGCCUGCGCCAUGAGUCGCUCCCAGGUUUCCUCUGGGAUUCACCACAUCGUCUCCUCUGCCUUCGAGAGCCCGGAGCCGGAGGCCCUGGGACCCAGCUCGCCCGGCGCAGUGGAGGAGGAGGAGAUCGACCUGAACAAGACGCUGGGGGUGGAGCGCUUCGAGGGGAUCCUGCACGACUCGCACCCGCGCAACGGGGAGGAGGCCGGCCGCAGCUACAGCGAGGAGGAUUUUGAGUAUCACCGCCAGUCGUCCCACCACAUUCACCACCCCCUCUCCACGCAUCUGCCCCCUGGCACCCGCAGGAAGAAGGGGGGGCAGAAGGGCAAGAAGAAGCGGCGCCGGGCGUCCAUUCCAGGAGAGACCCCCACCAUCGAGGAGGCCGAGGAAGAUGAGGAUGACACCUGUGACACCGAGCCAGAGCGCUCGGCCGAGGACCUGCCCGGGGGGAUCCAGUUCUUCUUGCAGGAGGACGAGGCUGCCGAGCGCCACCCGGAAGAGCCCACGACCCCGACGUCUCUGUCGAGUUCCCCCAUGGAGCCGGUGGGGGCUGCGGUUAUGGACCCCAAGGGGGCUGGCCCCAGGGCCGAGGAGGAGCGUGGGCCCGACGGGCCCAGUGCAGACGAGCCCAGCUGCCCAGGCCGCCCCGUCCCCAAGUCCCAGCCAGGGCACCGGAGCUACAACCUGCACGAGAGGCGGCGCAUCGGCAGCAUGACGGGAGUGGAGCACGUCCAGUACCAGAAGGUGCCCACGGAUGAAUCGGAGGCCCAGACCCUGGCCUCCGCCGACCUGGACUACAUGAAGAGCCACAGGUUUGAGGACGUGCCUGGGGUCCGACGGCACCUGGUCCGUAAGAGCGCCAAGGGCCAAGUCGUGCACGUCAGCAAAGACCAUGCGGAGCCGAGCGCCCGGCACAGGAAGCAUGACCGGCAGCCGCACGAGGUCUUUGUGGAGCUGAACGAGCUGGUGGUGGACAAGAACCAGGAGCUGCAGUGGAAGGAGACGGCACGCUGGAUCAAGUUCGAGGAAGAUGUGGAGGAGGAGACCGAUCGCUGGGGGAAGCCCCAUGUGGCCUCCUUGAGCUUCCGCAGCUUGCUGGAGCUGCGCAAGACCCUCUCCCAUGGGGCCGUGCUCCUGGACCUGGACCAGAAGACGUUGCCAGGGGUGGCGCACCAGGUGGUGGAGCAGAUGAUCAUCUCAGACCAGAUCCGGGCUGAGGACCGCGCCAACGUACUGCGGGCACUGCUGCUAAAGCACAGCCACCCGAGUGACGAGAAGGAUUUCUUCCCCCGCAACAUCUCAGCCGGCAGCUUGGGCUCCCUGCUGGUGCAUCACCACAGUGCCAACCACGUGGGCGAGGGCAGCGAGCCCACGGUCACCGAGCCCCUCAUCGGCGCCCAACCUGCUGAAUAUGAGGCCAGGGUCGAGGUGGAGCGGGAGCGAGAGAGCCUGACUCCGGCACCCCCAGCUGGCAUCACGAGGUCGAAGUCGAAGCAUGAGCUGAAGCUGCUGGAGAAGAUCCCGGACAAUGCAGAGGCCACGGUGGUGCUUGUGGGCUGCGUGGAGUUCCUGGACCAGCCCACCAUGGCCUUCGUGCGGCUGCAGGCGGCCGUGGAGCUGGACUCAGUGCUGGAGGUGCCCAUCCCCGUCCGCUUCCUCUUUGUGCUGCUGGGGCCCAGCAGCGCCAACAUGGACUACCACGAGAUCGGGCGCUCCAUCUCCACCCUCAUGUCCGACAAGCAAUUCCACGAGGCGGCAUAUCUGGCCGACGACCGGCAUGACCUGCUCAACGCCAUCAAUGAGUUCCUGGACUGCAGUGUGGUGUUGCCGCCCUCCAAGGUGCAGGGCGAGGAGCUGCUGCGCUCCGUGGCCCACUUCCAGCGCCAGAUGCUUCAGAAACGAGAGGAGCAGGAGCGCCGGCUGCUGCUGGGCACCAUGCUGGAGCCCAAGUCGCCCGCCGAGAAAGCGCUGCUGAAGCUGAAGGUGGUGGAGGGGGAGGCAGAGGACGAGGACGACCCCCUGCGGCGCACGGGCCGGCCCUUCGGGGGACUUGUCCGUGACGUGCGCCGGCGCUACCCCAAGUACCUGAGCGACUUCAGGGAUAGUCUGAACCCGCAGUGCAUCGCCGCCGUCAUCUUCAUCUACUUCGCCGCUCUCUCACCAGCCAUCACCUUCGGGGGGCUGCUGGGGGAGAAGACCCAGGACCUGAUCGGGGUGUCGGAGCUGAUCAUCUCCACGGCCGUGCAGGGCAUCGUCUUCUGCCUGCUGGGCGCCCAGCCACUUCUCGUCAUCGGCUUCUCCGGGCCCCUGCUCGUCUUCGAAGAAGCUUUUUUCACAUUCUGCACGACCAACGGGUUGGAGUACCUGGUAGGGCGCGUGUGGAUCGGCUUCUGGCUCAUCCUCAUUGUGCUGGUGAUGGUGGCUGUGGAGGGCAGCAUCCUGGUGCGCUUCGUAUCCCGCUUCACCCAGGAGAUCUUCGCCUUCCUCAUCUCCCUCAUCUUCAUCUACGAGACCUUCUCCAAGCUGGCCAAGAUCUUCCAGGAGCACCCCCUGCAUGGCUGCGGGCGGGCGAACGGGACGGGCGCAGAGGCUCUGGGCGGGGGCAAUGGCAGCGUGCCCCUGGGGAACGGGACAUGGGGCCGGGCCGGGCCGGCGGUGACAGGGCAGCCCAACACAGCCCUGCUCUCGCUGGUGCUCAUGGCCGGCACCUUCUUCAUCGCCUUCUUCCUGCGCAAGUUCAAGAACAGCCGCUUCUUCCCGGGACGGAUCCGUCGGGUGAUCGGGGACUUCGGGGUGCCCAUCGCCAUCCUCAUCAUGGUGCUGGUGGAUUUCAGCGUUCGGGACACGUACACACAGAAGCUGAGCGUUCCCAGUGGCUUCUCAGUGACGGCCCCGGAGAAGCGGGGCUGGGUCAUCAACCCUCUGGGUGAGGGCAGCUCCUUUCCCAUCUGGAUGAUGGUGGCCAGCGCCCUGCCCGCUGUGCUGGUCUUUAUCCUCAUCUUCAUGGAGACCCAGAUCACCACGCUAAUCAUCAGUAAGAAAGAGCGCAUGCUGCAGAAGGGCUCCGGCUUCCACCUCGACCUGCUGCUCAUUGUGGCCAUGGGCGGCUUCUGCGCCCUCUUUGGGCUGCCCUGGCUGGCGGCCGCCACGGUGCGCUCGGUGACCCACGCCAAUGCCCUGACGGUUAUGAGCAAGGCCGUGGCCCCUGGCGACAAGCCCAAGAUCCAGGAGGUGAAGGAGCAGCGCGUCACGGGGCUGCUGGUGGCCCUGCUCGUGGGCCUGUCCAUCGUCAUCGGGGACCUGCUGCGGCACAUCCCCCUGGCCGUGCUCUUUGGGAUCUUCCUCUACAUGGGCGUGACCUCGCUGAACGGCAUCCAGUUCUACGAGCGCCUGCACCUGCUGCUCAUGCCCCCCAAGCACCACCCCGACGUCACCUAUGUCAAAAAGGUGCGCACCCUGCGGAUGCAUCUCUUCACGGGCCUGCAGCUGGCGUGCCUGGCCGUGCUCUGGGCCGUCAUGUCCACGGCAGCCUCCCUGGCCUUCCCCUUCAUCCUCAUCCUCACCGUGCCGCUCCGCAUGUGCCUGCUGCCCCGCAUCUUUGCCGACCGCGAGCUGAAGUGUCUGGACGCCGAGGAGGCGGAGCCGAUCUUCGACGAACGGGAAGGGGUGGACGAGUACAACGAGAUGCCGAUGCCCGUGUGAGGGGCGCCAGCAAGGGACCCUGCGCGGGGCUGCAGGGCACAGGCGGGCCCCCUGCCGCUGCGCUAGGAGCUGCAGCGGCUUUGCCCGGACCUGCGCCAUCUCCAGCACCGUGGCCGCUUGGACUGUGCCCAGCCCUCACCCACGUGACGCUCGCCCCACGGCCAGGCUGCCACCUGCCAAAGCAGCUGUUCAGCGUCCUGCCCUGCGGGGGCCUGCUACCCGCCCUGGGGCUGGCGCAGGAGCAACUGGGCCAUGCCUCCUGCCCCCAGCCACUGCCGUCCGAACUGUAUUGUGCGCUGGAACCCACCCCUGCCGGGGGGGCCUACAAGAACUAACCUCCCUGCUCCAGCCCGGGGCCCCACCCAGACAAUCAGGUGUUUCCUAAAUUCGAUGGGGUUUUAUUUAAGAGACUAAUUUAACUGUCAAUAAACAGCUUUCUAAGGA